UCAUCAUUCGUUUUCCAUUAACAACUAUAAAACCGGCCAAACAUAUUUUACAUAAAUUAAGAAAACAUUUUAUCCUUAAAAAUCAAAAACCGACCAACGUUUUCUAUUAUAAAAUUAUUCUGCACAUAACUGAAGCCCUCAAUAAAAAUGUCGGGACAUAGCUUAAGAACCGAUACCCAGAGCAGGCGGUCGGUGAAAUCACAUGCAAGCAAACUCCAUAUAUUCGAAUAUGUUGCGCCACAGGACUUGGACGUCGUGGCUAUUAUAUAUAAGUACUACUUGGAGGACUUUCGCAACUUCACUGAGGAAGAGCGUCAAACGCGUUUGGCCAGUUUGGAUGCCCUCGACAUGCUGCAUACCAUCGAGCAAGUGCAUAAUGAUGUGGCUACUCUUAGGUUGGAGAACCACAUAAUGGUCGAGUUCCUUGAGAAGAACGAUCCAAAGUUGCUGUUGGGACUGAGGCAACGUCGAACUUCGAUUCUCAGAAAGCUGCAAGCGAAACGGGGAUCUGGCCAGGGAAGUCAUGGCAUUAGUAGCCGUCACUCGAGCUCCAAACGAUCCAUACCCAUGUCAGUGAAUCAACUAGUCUCUAUGAGCGCUACAGGAGCCCCAGAAAAGCGGCGCGGAAUAGACUAUAAACUAAACUUCAAGGCCAAAGCAGAAAUGGCGGAGAAAAGAGCUUCUGAGGUGGAGAAGCGGGUCGCUGAUAUCGAGAGGAAUGCGAUGACCGAGGUAAAGCAGCUAAGAGCCAAGAUAGAAGAACUACGUUUUCGAAGUGAGGAAACCAUUGAAACGGAAAACAACUUUAUGCUCCACUUUUUGCGAGAUGAAAACGACGUGGCCUUUUUAGAGUCUGCCACUGAGAGGCAGAUUGAACGGAAACUACGCAAGUUCACCACAAAUUGGUUUAAGAAUGCACGCGCAUUAUUGGGAACCAUGAAAUUAACCAUAGUGUCCCUGCAAGAAACGUGCCAACAGCAUCGGGCGGAUCUGAUAACCAAAUCUGACUUGAGUGGAAUCUUGACGGCAGUGGAUUUUGAGAAACUGAUAAUCAAGAGAACCGAGCUGGUUAAUCAAUUGGAGGAGAAGAACAUCCACAUGGCGGGACUCAAAGGAGUCACGGGUAAAACAUCCUUGGCCAUGACAGAGGAAAAGCAGGCCAUGAUGAACUUGGAGACCGAAAUGCGAACAGUUUUAAACAAAACAGAAGAAGUCACACGAGCCAUUCAAAAACUAGAAAAGGAGGUGGCUGCAGUUCAAAUGCAUAACAACAAGGACUAUGUGACCUUGGAUGAGUUAAGAGCUCAGCUCCAAGAUUAUGAGGCUCCCAGCGUGAGCGAGUACAUCGAACGGAAGGAAGAGGCCCACGUCCUUGAAAAGGAGGAGAAAAUGCUGCAGCGCAAGAUCUACAUUCUCAACAUGAAACUCAAUAAUGCUAUUCGCCGGCGAAACCGGCUCGAAGAAAAUUAAAAUCUGGAAUAGGCCACAUA